AUGUCUUCCCUGCUCGGCAAUACUCUAACCAACAACCUCCAAACACUGAACAACGUGACCUACUCCAAGAACUACCAGCCCAUACCCAUACACGACUCGGAAUCCACUGCAAGCUCUCCACCGGAGAAGACACUGCCGGUGCCGAUGUCACACCAUGACCAUCCCUUAAUCCUACCUCCUGCGACUGAAUUUGACACAACACACAAGUCUUCUCGAGAGACCUCAACGCGGUCGCACCGGAACUCGCCCCGGAGACCGUCGAGCGCGUCUAGCAAUAGCCCAUGGGGCAGUUACAAAGGGCUGGAUAAGGACGCGCUCAACUCCCUCCAGGAAUACUGCAGCUCGUUUGAUCAAGUCCGAAUUCUGAAGCGGGGAUUACAGACAUUGAAGUGA